GGAGAGUGUCCCUGAACCGGCCCUGAUUCUGGACCUGCCGCGCCAUGAGGACUCUCAUCAGCCUGCCCCUGCUCCUCCUGGGAGCCCUGGCCCAUCAAGACUGGACGUACACAGAGGGGCCGAACGAUGAGACACACUGGCACGAGGAGUACCCCACCUGCGGGGGGGACAGACAGUCGCCUAUCGACGUGCAGAGGAAGAAGGUGCGGUACAACCCCUCCCUGAAGGCGCUGAACCUGACCGGCUACGAGGCGCAGGGCGGCGACUUCUUCAUGACCAACAACGGCCACACAGUGCAGAUCAGCCUGCCCCCCACCAUGCGCAUGACCACGGCCGAGGGCACCGAGUACAUCGCCGUGCAGAUGCACUUCCACUGGGGCGGCGCGGCCUUAGAGAUCAGCGGCUCCGAGCACACCAUCGACGGGCUCAGAUAUGCGGCUGAGAUUCACGUCGUUCAUUACAAUUCCAAGUAUGAAAGCUACGACAUAGCCAAGAAUGCUCCCGACGGCCUGGCCGUGCUGGCGGCCCUAAUCGAGGUCAAGGACUAUGAGGAAAACUCGUAUUACAGCAACUUCAUUUCUCACUUGGAAGACGUCAGGUAUUUAGGACAAAACACCGUUCUGAGCAGCCUGGACCUCCAGGACAUGCUGCCCGCAAACCUCCGCUUCUACUACACCUACGCGGGCUCCCUCACCACCCCUCCCUGCACGGAGAACGUGCGCUGGUUCCUGCUGGCCGACUUCGUGCAGCUCUCCAGGGCUCAGAUUGGGAAGCUAGAGAAUUCCUUACUGGGUCACCAGGACGAGACCAUCCGCAAUGUGUACCGCAAUGCCCAGCCCCUGAACGGCAGAGUGGUGGAAGCCAACUUCGAGGACCACUCUAAUUAUCGUAAGAUCAACUCUCAGUUAUUCUUUGCAAUCUGUGGACCGCUGUUUCCCUCGGGCUCUGGCGAGGAAGGGCCACUGGGCACCACAGGAGAAGCUGAGGAGCGAGAGUAUAGACCCGCCUUCGACAUGUCACCCCUGGCAGACCGGCAGCUCGCCAGCCUGGAUUCACACCCAGUGGAGAUGCGGGAAGCCAAUCGGAUGGACACGCGGGCCUUUGGAGGCUCUGAGCUCCAGUCCUACCUGCGCAAGAUCAACGGUAAGCUGGAUGACCUGCUGAGAUCUGAGAAGAAAGCGAAGAGAAGAGGCACAUUCUUUUGA